ACACAGCCUCUGAGUGUCGACUCUGAGAGCUGUUACUUCACAGGACUGCAGAAGGAUACUUUCUCGAAAACACUACUACUUUCUCGAUCUACCAAGAAUUCAUUAUUUUUUUACGGAAUUUUACUGUUGUAAUGAAAAAAACAGGAUGUUACUGUCAGAAUAUGGCCGUAUUUUUACAGCAAUUUUUUACAGUGAUACACUGGCAGAAGACAAAGGAAGAGGAAGUUUGCAUCUCAUCACAUUCAUGAUUCACACACUGUCAGGAACCACCUGAAACACACCGAGAGCCUCAGACCCGUGUAGAGCUAAAUCUGCUGGUACCAGAGAAGAUCAUUGAGUAAGAGAGAAGAAUGAAGAUCAUCUGGACUUUCACUCUGCUGAUGAUUCCUGAUGUUGUGAUCUCCAUGAACGUGACAGGAUACCCAGGGGGUAAAGGCAUGAUCAAAUGCACAUAUCAGAAAAAAUUUACCCAAAACACUAAGUACUUUUGUAGAGGAAAGAUGCCAAAAACACCUCUGAUUGGAUGGUGCUCUGACCUCAUCAAGACUAAAGAGAAAGAUAAAUGGUUUGAUUCUGGAAGAUUCUCUCUGUAUGACGACACAACAGCAGCAGUUUUCAAUGUGACCAUCAGAAAUCUGAGUGAACAGGAUUCUGGGACAUACCAGUGUGCAGUUGAUAUCCGUAACUUUGAAGAUUCCUACACUGAAGUGAACAUUACAGUAGCAUCACCGCCAACAACACCAUCAUCAAUCACAACUCCACCUAUUUCACUUAAUUCCCAGCCAUCGACAUCUGAUUUCACAUCGGAUUCUCCAUCUGUCUCGAAUGGUUCGUCUCUGAUCAUCAUUGUGUCUGUGGUUCUUCUUCUGCUCAUCGUUGGACUCGUUUCAUGUAUAGUGACUGUCUGCAUGAAGCGUCAGGCUCGAGCUAAAGGCUCUGAUUCAGCCUCUAAAAUGCCUGAACCUAGAACAGAAAACAGUGAAGUGGUUCCUCAAACGCUGUACAUUUACGAGGAGAUUAAAGACACCAGACCUCACCCUGACUGCAAAACUGCCCAAUUACCCACAAUUACCACAGUUUAUGCUACUCCACAAUUACCCACAAGCCCUUCUGUUGAGUGGCAUAAACAGUGUAAGAAUCAGUUACCCACAAAUCCAUCUGAUUCUUGCACUGUUUAUGCUACUCCAGGGUUACCCAUAAACCCCUCUGAUUCUACUAAAACAGUCUAUGCUACUCCACAAUUACCCACAAACCCCUCUGAUUCUAUGAACACCGUUUAUGCUACCGUUUAACAAUGCUGAAGUUUGCAUGAGCCAUUGUUUACAGUAAAUACAUGUUUGUGAUUGACCUUUUCAGUUUGUUGCUGAAAUAAUAUAUGUAAAUUUAUCAAUAUGCUAAUAUGUAAUAUGAAAAUUGUGUUUAUUUGUAUAUAACUAUAUGAAAAAAAUAAAAGAUGA